AUGAAUGAUAGAAUAACAAGUCCAAGUAAAACGAAACGAAAACUUGAUGAAUAUCAACAACAAUUAAACGAAACUGAAAAGGAUCAUUUUCGUACAUUUGACAUAGUUCAUGAUCAAAUACCGUUUUCAAAAUAUCGUCGUUUAUCAUCUCAAUCUUCACUUUCUACGCGACACCACCAACAACAACCGAAACCAGUUGAAUCAAAUAUUACUUCUGAACAAGAACAUGAAUUACUACCGUCAUCACUAUUAGAAAUUGCGUCUCCAUCCCAUUUUGAAACAAAAAUUGUUCAAGAAUUUAAUAUACAACAAAUAAACAGUAGUGAUAUUACGGUUAGUUCAACAAUCAAUAUUAAAUCUUAUUCGAAUGAAAAAAUAACAAAACAACCACAAGAAUCCACAAUAACAGCCAACGAUUUACUGAGUGAAGCUGAUUUUGACAGAGUUCUUAAAGAUAUAACACCAGCUGAUAGAAAUUUAUUUGAUGAAUUUUUGAUUGUGGGUAGUACAGCGACACCCACAGUAUACUCAUCAAAAAAGUCAGAUGAGGAAGAUUUAUUUCAGUUAGUUGAAAAUAACUCCACUAACAAUAAUCAAACAUCAAACGAUUCAUCUAGUCGUCAUCAUCUAUCAUCGUGCGAUGGUGUUCGUUAUACGCAUGAUAAUUUGUCAGAUAGAAGACGAAGUUUAACAACAACAAUGCAACAGCAAAAUGCUACAAUACAUUAUCUACCUCAAAAUAUGUGCCAUAUAUAUUCAUCUUCUUCAUCAUCAUGCAAUGACUCUAGAACAAAUCGUCCUCACUUAGCUCAAUCGUCACUUUCUGGACCGGCAGCGAACACACUUAAAGAAAUGGCCAUACAACAUCAGCAACGGCUCCAUCCUGGAGUUCAUUCACAGUAUUAUCACCCGACUCAACGAGAAACGUAUCAGCCACAGCAACGGUGCAUAGCAACAGAUGAUAACGCUUUUAACUCAAGCACAUGUAAUUCUCAGUUGCGACAAGCUACAAUUUUUAAACACCCACCACAACCUCUUUCGUAUAGUAAAAAACACGUACAUAUGACUAUCGAUGGAACAAUGCAAUCAAACACAAAUCCGUAUAUACCACAAUAUCGUUCGUCACAUUCAUUUGCAUCAACUUCAUAUGUGAACUCAAACACAUUUUAUCAACAACAACACCAGCAAAAUGUUAGAUUACCACCACUAUAUUCAAGUUAUGCACCACAAAUGUCUUAUUACAAUAUCACCGAAAUGCCUAUGCGACAGCAAGUGUCGCCGUCUUCGACAUCUACCCACACCACCCAAGCGUAUCAGCCUUACAUUCAACAGAAACAAUCUGAAACUAGAAAUGGUUUUACGAAUGAAAUGGCAAAAGAAGAUGGAAAAAUUAAAACAGAUCAUAUACACUCAGCAUUGCCAUCAUCUUAUACAACAACUGAACUUGAUUCAUUUCAAAAUAGUGAUACAUUAGAAUCAAAUUCAAAAUAUUUAUUACGAACAGGUUUAAUGCCACUUAAUUUUAUUUCAAUUCAAACCGGUUCAUUUCUUUCACAAUUGAACAGUCUAGAUGAUUUUUUUACUUUAAAAACAUUGGCUAGUUUAUCAUUGGUUGCAUGCGUUGCUGGUCUUGCAGGAUUAAUCAUCGGUCUGGUGAGACGCAAAAUACCACAAGCAGUUAUUGAAUAG